GAUUUAAGGCGCAAGAAACAAAAAAUAAAUAAAAGAAAUCUGUGUCUCAAUUCUCCCAACUGUUGCUUUCUUUCAAUUUCAACACUGCGUAAAUUUAAUACACCAUCAACUCGCACGCUUUCCUCUCUCUCUCUCUCUCUCUCUCACUCUCUCCUCUUUCUCUCUCUAGGGUUAUCUAUUUCGAUGGCUUCCUCUUCAAGAAUGCCGUCGUGCUUCCACUGCCACUCCUCCUCCUCCUCCACCCCCGACCAUUUCAGAAACGGCUGGCGCCUCCGCAGCGGCCACCACGCUCAGCUCUGCCCUCCCUGCGCUUCUUUAUACGAGGAAGGAAGAUUCUGCGAAGCCUUCCAUAAGAACGAUCCUGGAUGGAGGGACUGUAAUUCGUGUGGGAAGAUGGUCCAUUGUGGAUGUAUAGUAUCUUUCAAUAAUCAUUUGAUCUUGGAUUGUGGCGGGAUUAACUGCAUGGAGUGCUCAAGGUUAAACUUUCUACUGGAACGAAAUCGAUGUAUUUCACUCGAACCUGAGAUAAGAGCUAAAGAAUCUUAUCAGGAAUCUUUUAGUCAAGCUCCUGUAGAUUCCCAAUACUGUCCUCGAGUGACUGAUGCAGAACUGCAACAAGUUUCUAGAAACCCCAAAGCUACUGUCACUCCUCUGUUCGAAAAGGUACUGUCAGAGAGCGACGCUGACCUCAAAUUCGCACGGCUCGUAGUACCAAAAAGAUGCGCGGAGGCAUUUUUCCCUGAUAUUUCCGAUUUGCGUGGCUUGCGAAUAAAAAUACAAGAUAUAGAAGGCAACGAGUGGCAAUUCCAUUAUCGAUAUUGGCUCGAUUGUGGUAGUAGGGUUUAUGUUCUUGAAGGGCUUAGAGAUCAUAUUGUCUCGAAGAAAUGGCAGCCCGGUGAUACAGUGACAUUUUAUCGAGUGGAACCGGGGGGAAAGGUGGUAAUGGGAUUAAGAAAGACUUCUGCUGGCCCUCAGAUUCCAAGAAUCUAGCAAGGGUGAGAGUGGAAUAAAUAAAGUAAAAUAAAAUAAGAAAUAGCAAAGCUGCAGCUUGACAAUGUGAAUAUCCGGUUCUGUUUGUUUCCGUAUCUUUUAUCGGCUCCUAGGCGUCGUCGGUCCAACUUUGCUUUUAUUUUUCGACAUUUUAGAAAGUGAAUUAUAUUUUCAGUUCUAAUUUUCGAGCGUGUCUAAGAAUUUCGUGCGAGACUAAUUUUAGUUUCUCUGAAUUUUAGUAUUUUUUUUAAUAGCAGAAUUCAGUUGUAAAUGGAUUUUUCUUUUUAAUGUUGGCAUGUGAAGAGGUCUGUUGUAAAUUAAUGAUGUAACAUUAGAAUACACUAAUAUUAAUAAUGUUUUAUUUAUUUUAUUCAGUGUUUUCCU